UAUCUGUAUCAUGGUUCUAUCUGUGGGAGCUCUUAGGGUUACGGAAACGUUGGACACGUGUCGAUUUAGCUGUGUUGCCUUUGCUACAGAGAUUCAUCUGAACUCUUUGCGAAAGUCCUAAGAUUGCUCACCACUGCUCUAUAGGGACCGUGACGACUAGCGUUUGCUGUUUUCUGCCAUGUCAAAGCCCGUCAAAGUUUCCAAACCUGGAACGAUAACUUUUUUCCAGUUGGACAAUAACAAAGUCUUUGACACUCAAAAACUAAUGCAAGGGCUCGAAGAAAACUCACCUGGCAUUUGUCGUUAGCAAGUUAGAUAGCUAGCUGGCUGGCUACAUUUUAGCAGGUUAUCUACUAGUUUAAACUAGCUAUUUUUUCCCCAAACACUUCCUCGGUCAUUUGUUCAAGAAAGUUCGCGCCUUUGAUCCGGUAAAGGAGUGGCUCGUGAGUUGAGAUGAUUUUGAGAAAAAUAACUGCGAGAUCAUGCAGAACUUGGCUGUCUCGGGUGAGUGGUAAGCUAUCUGAAUAGCUAAACCAUUUUAAAUUGUAAUACUGUUGCAUUUCAAAGUUGUUUUGGUAUGGGGAACCUCCCCCAUACAUACUUACAAACUUCCUAUUUAGGUAUGUUCUGGCUGGUCACGUUUUGAUUGGCACAUCACUCCAACGCCCCUAUUUUCCUGCAUCCUACCAGAAAUACUUUAAACUGUCCAGAUGUCCAUGGAAUACGACCUAUAAUUAAUUACAAAAUGAGUGAAAUAGUUUUCCUUCCCCCCAAAAUUAAUUUAUGCUGUGUUCAUAACCAAGUGGGAAGGUGGUAUUUACCACAUACGACUGGGAAAAGUCCACAUGAACGCUCUUCUCCCACAUGCUGACGUCUGACGUCAUCUACCAAGGAAAUUACUUUUCGGCAGUUAAAAGCAACAAAACAUUAUUUAUAAAAAGCAACCCUAAUUUGUUUACAAGCAUGAUAGCUGUACUUUUAGUUUCUCAACUAGUUCAAAUCAUGUGAAUGCAUCCAACUGGUAUUUACCACUUUACACUUGCUUAUGAAUGCAGCAUAGGUAUUUUAAAAAACAGCUUUUCUGUGUUGGAAUGGUGUGGGCCUAUACCAGUCAUAAAAAAUAUUAGACCACUGAUGACAUCAUCCUCUAUGAGGAAAUGGCAAGCAUUUUUGAGGUGGGGUUUUUGAAGCGUUUUUUUUCUUCCUCCAAUUUAUACUUUGGCCACUGAUAUGAGUAUAGAAUGAGUCAAUAACAUUAUUUGGGUAGGUGUUAUUUGGGUAUAAGUUAGCAGAAUAUGAUUUUCACUGACUAGACACUCAAUUACUUUAAGAAAUGAGGAGAUGGGAAAAACAAUGAGGGGAUUCCAUGAAACUGUCCAGGUGACCAAGAUGGGCAGACUUUGCACAGGCUGCCUCCUGGGCGUGAGUCGAGUGCCCCGUUCUGGCUGACGUAGGUUAAGCAUGUAAAGUAAUGAGUAGGACUUUUGUGUUUUCAAAUCAAAUGUAUUUGUUACAUACAGUUUACAGCAGGUAAAAAAGAAAGGUGCAGUGAAAUACUUGUGUGCUAGCUCCCUCAACAUUGCUGUACAAUAAUCAAUAUCGAAAAUAAGAGUAGGGCUGUCCCCGACAAAUCUUGGUCGACCUAAAAUAUUCGAAAUUUUAAAACGUGUAUUUUUCCAUAUAGACACACCCUAUGUGUUUUAAUAAAUUCAACUAUAUAUGCAUUGAGCUUGUCUGGUGCUUUAAUCACACAGUCUGAUGAAAGACACAAAUGACUCAAGAGGGAGGCAGAGAUCAAGAUAACCAGAAGAAAAAAACCUUAAUGUUACUCUGCUGAAGUUGCCGGUAAUAGACUACACAAGGAGUCGGCAAACUUUCUCAUGUGGAAUGCCAAUUUAUCUUACAAUUUCUACCGAUCUGCAUGCCAGUUAUGGUUUUCAUAUGCACAUUUUCAUGGAACAGUUUCAUUUCAUUUAUAAUAAUGUCUUCGUAUCUCAAACUCAUUGUCUUGUGGUUAAUCAAAAUUCUAUCCAAAUGAAAAUGAUACAAACCUAAAAAGUAACUUCCAUUGCCAACUAUAUACAAAUUUUGCAGCCUGCAGGUAGAAAAUAUCCUGAUUUAAAAAUAAAUAUCCUAUAAAUCACUUUGGCUACGCAUGGCCUGUCUGCAACGAACUUGAAACAUUGUAUCAACUAUUAACUUGGGUAUGGCCAGAAGCUGGUGCUAGCAAACUUGCAACAUUGUAUAAAAUAUUCUGGGCCCUGCGUUUCCUGCGCCAGUGAGCUUGGGAAAGACAGCUAUAGGCUAUUUGCUCAAGGGAUAAGAAGUAAUCAGGUAGGCCUAUUUUAUAGCGUUUCCACUGGAUCAGAGCAUGACAUUUUUCCCUUUCACGCUGAGUAGUUAUCGAAAGGGAGAGAGCUGGAAAGACAAUGACAGGAGCGCUCCAUGUAGCAUCCCCAGCUGAAUGAUGGUCAACUCUCAAACUAAUGGUUCAUGAAAGUUUGUGGUACCAUUUCCAUAAACACACCGUAAGAGCUGAUGGCGAAACAAACCAAAAAUGCUCUUACAAUAUGAACAAUACAGUCCACAAACAAAUACACUUUUACAGAACUUUACAUUUGCGUGCUUCAUACAUCAAAUGCAUCAAUAUGCAUGGGAAUUUCUACCCAAAUAGUUGAUUACAUGCUAACAGCUUGCUAAUGUGGCGCAAGAUGAACUAAUAUUAGCCAGCACAAACAGUGGAACUAGGCUAUAGCUAACAACGUCAUAUUGCUAGCAGACUUCAGAACAUCAAUUACAAUACAAAUAUCCGUUCAGUACACGUUCAAAAUAAUUAGAAAGAUUUCUGAAACAAGACCAAUAUUGAAAGACAGUAAAUACCUUGUUCUCUUUCUAGCUAUGUGCUAAGUUUGACAUUGUUUCUUGGACGCUUGAACAACCUUAACAAAAGUUAUUUUCCUUUUUUCUCUCGCGCCCGUUUCCCAUAUAGGCCUACCCUUUUGCGCGUGAAACGGAGAAGGCAAAAAAUGACUGACUAAAUUGACAACUCGUAAAUAGAAUUAAAUAAACCUAAAUCUGUUUCUCACAAGUGUAGCAUAGGUUGUGCGCUCUGCAAACAACGUGUCUACUCCUUCAAUGAGAACGGUAAAAGACUGGAAUAAUAAUAUAUUGAAUGCAUUAACAGACAUUACCGUAACCAAACAAACAUUGUAGAUUAGACAUUUAUAGGAAUUAACGGUAAAUGUACUACUGGUGAUAUAUGUAAUGGGGAAUUGAUAGAUUCAAAUAGAUUGUUAGUGUCUAUCUAAUCGAAUAGAAUCCACAGAUUGCGAGUUGAAGAUAAAUACUUUUACUAAGAGUACUAGUAAUUGACUGACCAUGUCUCUCCAGAUCUCCCAACAAUGCUAUUUCUAGGGUCAAUUUUAGAUUAAUGUUAUGCGUUUUCAGCCAUUCCUGAACCUGAGACCAUAAACAGGCUACCUGAGGGCAAUAACAGAACAAAUGGUCUAUUGAUUCUGUAUCCUCACAACAAAAUCUGCAGAGCUGCGAUGGUUGUAUGCCCCAAAUAUUCAACAUUUUGUUGGUGGCAAGAAUUCUGUACAAUGAGUUUAGCUGAAAAGCACAAAUUCUUGCGUCGUUUUACUCAGCUGUGCCAUGGAGUCGCUACAUCAAAAAUCUCUUCCCAGCUAUUUUGCAAUCUGUAUGGCACAGCUGUCAACAUCCUGGUCCUCAAAUGAAACUGCUAUACUUUCCUAUUUAUGCUAUUUUUGUUCCUCCGCCAGUUUUGAUCCUUUAUAUUGGGCAGACAGACUAGUUCCCUGCCACCUGCUGCCUCCAUUUUUGGGGUGAUGCUGUAAUCAAUUGGUUGUAAUCUUGGAUUGAGCGGACCUUCCCAUACAAUUCCAAUAGCUCCAUGAAAGACAACUGUACCAUUCCAAUUUACAAUAUAAUUUAAAAACAAAAUACCCCUUUCAAACACAUUUUCCAUAAAUACAGGUUUUUUAUCAACCAGCACAUUUGAGUUCAACCAUAAUAUUUGUUCUAUCUUUUCUGGGGGAUGAAAUUGUAACCAGCUCUGCAAUGCUUGUUUGAAAAAGAGAAAUACUUUGAACAAGAUUUCAUUUUCAAUUAAUCGAAAAUGAGACAUGGCAAUCUGCACAAAGGCAAAAAUGACAUUUUUAAACAAUGGAUGAGCUUUUCUUAGUAAUCUACUUGAGAACCAUUUUGGGUUAAAGUAAAACUUUUGUAUAAGUGAAGCUUUUAGAGAGGGGUAUAGUGCUUUUAUAUUUAAUAAUCUCAACCCACCCAGUUCAUAUUUAUUAUACAGAUACAGUGGGGGGAAAAAGUAUUUAGUCAGCCACCAAUUGUGCAAGUUCUCCCACUUAAAAAGAUGAGAGAGGCCUAUAAUUUAUCAUAGGUACACGUCAACUAUAACAGACAAAAUGAUUUAAAAAAUUCUCCAGAAAAUCACAUUGUAGGAUUUUUUAUGAAUUUAUUUGCAAAUUAUGGUGGAAAAUAAGUAUUUUGUCAAUAACAAAAGUUUCUCAAUACUUUGUUAUAUACCCUUUGUUGGCAAUGACACAGGUCAAACGUUUUCUGUAAGUCUUCACAAGGUUUUCACACACUGUUGCUGGUAUUUUGGCCCAUUCCUCCAUGCAGAUCUCCUCUAGAGCAGUGAUGUUUUGGGGCUGUCGCUGGGCAACAUGGACUUUCAACUCCCUCCAAAGAUUUUCUAUGGGGUUGAGAUCUGGAGACUGGCUAGGCCACUCCAGGACCUUGAAAUGCUUCUUACGAAGCCACUCCUUCGUUGCCCGGGCGGUGUGUUCAUUGUCAUGCUGAAAGACCCAGCCACGUUUCAUCUUCAAUGCCCUUGCUGAUGGAAGGAGGUUUUCACUCAAAAGCUCACGAUACAUGGCCCCAUUCAUUCUUUCCUUUACACGGAUCAGUCGUCCUGGUCCCUUUGCAGAAAAACAGCCCCAAAGCAUGAUGUUUCCACCCCCAUGCUUCACAGUAGGUAUGGUGUUCUUUGGAUGCAACUCAGCAUUCUUUGUCCUCCAAACACGACGAGUUGAGUUUUUACCAAAAAGUUCUGUUUUGGUUUCAUCUGACCAUAUGACAUUCUCCCAAUCCUCUUCUGGAUCAUCCAAAUGCACUCUAGCAAACUUCAGAUGGGCCUGGACAUGUACUGGCUUAAGCAGGGGGACACGUCUCGCACUGCAGGAUUUGAGUGCCUGACGGCGUAGUGUGUUACUGAUGGUAGGCUUUGUUACUUUGGUCCCAGCUCUCUGCAGGUCAUUCACUAGGUCCCCCGUGUGGUUCUGGGAUUUUUGCUCACCGUUCUUGUGAUCAUUUUGACCCCACGGGGUGAGAUCUUGCGUGGAGCCCCAGAUCGAGGGAGAUUAUCAGUGGUCUUGUAUGUCUUCCAUUUCCUAAUAAUUGCUCCCACAGUUGAUUUCUUCAAACCAAGCUGCUUACCUAUUGCAGAUUCAGUCUUCCCAGCCUGGUGCAGGUCUACAAUUUUGUUUCUGGUGUCCUUUGACAGCUCUUUGGUCUUGGCCAUAGUGGAGUUUGGAGUGUGACUGUUUGAGGUUGUGGACAGGUGUCUUUUAUACUGAUAACAAGUUCAAACAGGUGCCAUUAAUACAGGUAACGAGUGGAGGACAGAGGAGCCUCUUAAAGAAGAAGUUACAGGUCUGUGAGAGCCAGAAAUCUUGCUUGUUUGUAGGUGACCAAAUACUUAUUUUCCACCAUAAUUUGCAAAUAAAUUCAUAAUAAAUCCUACAAUGUGAUUUUCUGGAUUUUUUUUCUUCUCAAUUUGUCUGUCAUAGUUGACGUGUACCUAUGAUGAAAAUUACAGGCCUCUCUCAUCUUUUUAAGUGGGAGAACUUGCACAAUUGGUGGCUGACUAAAUACUUUUUUCCCCCACUGUAGGCACGCUUUAUCUUGUCUGGUUUAGCAUCCCAGAUAAAGCGAAAUAUUUUUUGUUCAUAUGAUUUGAAAAAACAAAUCAUUAGAAGUAGGUAGCGCCAUAAGUGAGUAAACUGAGAUAUGACUAAGGAGUUAAUCAAUGUAAUUUUCCAUAAAUAGACAGGUAUUCAUCUCUCCAUGGUUGCAGGAUCUUGUCUAUUUUUACUAGUUUUCUAUUGAAAUUCAUUGUGGAGAGCUCAUAUAUAUAUAUAUAUAUAUGUGUGAUAUGAAUACCAAAUAUGUCUACUUCCCCGUCAGCCCAUUUUAUAGGUAAACUGCAGGGUAAUGUAAAAGUUUGUAAAAAAAAAUGUUUUAAAGAUCCAAUGCAUAAUAUGGUACACUUACUGUAAUUAGGUUUUAGAAAUAGAAAAAAUCCAGGCAUUUUAUAUAUGAAAACCAGUCUUACUUUAUCAAAGGCCUUUUCAAAAUCUGAUAUGAAUACCAGGCCUGGCUUCUUAGAUGUUUCAUGUUCUAUUAUUUCUAGUAGUUGUCGUAUAUUAUCUCCAAUGUAUCGUCCAAGUAAAAAACCUGUCUGAUCAGGAUGAACAAUACCUAGUAAAACCUUUUUUAAUUCUGAGUGCUAUGCAUUGCUAGUAUUUUUGCAUUACAACAUUGAAGUGUAAGUGGCCUCCAGAUUCUCGUUUUAAUAAUAGUGAAAUCAGACCUUCGUGCUGAGUACCUGACAGAUGACAAUUUCUAUAGGAGUAGUUAAAACAAGCUAAAAAUGGAGCUCUGAGUAUAUAUAAAAAAAUAUAUAUAACUUGGAGCACAGGGAUGAUGGACGAGUUUCCCUCUAGUAAUUACCAGUUGGAGGAGCGUUCAAGUGGAUAUUUCAGUCGUAUGCUGGUAAUUACGAGAUAUUGUGACUUGUGAAUGCGGCAUUAGUCGAGAAACCUGCCUAUUUCCCUCGAAAGGACGUAGUGUCACGAUUUCAAAGAUAUACGAUAUAUCUCAACAUUGUUUAUCUGGACAUACAUGUAGGUUGUGUCUGCAUCCAGCCAGGAGCGAUGCUUCUCCUCCUCGGUGCCCGCCCAGCCGGUGCCCCCGCUGGCCCAGACUCUGCAGGGGUACCUCCGAGCCCUGGAGCCCUUGAUACCUGAAGAAGAGCUGGUCCACACCCGCAAGAAUAUCCAAAAGUUUUGCGGAGAGGGGGGACUCGGUCCGCAACUUCAAGAGGGACUGGAGAGACGAGCUAGACACUCAAACAAUUGGGUAUGCAAACAAUGUGGGAAAUUGUGCACAAUUUGUAACCAUCGUAAAUAGACUGAGAUAAAAAAAAUAUCAUUGGGGUGUUGGAUUUUGGAUGACACCUUAUAUUACACACAGACAAUGCAUGGUGCUAAUUUGAGGUUCACUCUUAAUGGCUCAAAGUGUCUUUCCACAGCUGCUCUCCUUUCUGGACUGUACUGCAUGAUUGAUAGUAGUUUUGCUGUUGUCCUUUCCCCUGUCCUCUACUGUAGUUAUCUGACUGGUGGGUGCAGUGGGCAUACCUGGAGAGCAGACAGCCCCUGCCCGUGCAUUCUAACCCGGCCAUCUCCCUGCCCAAGCGGGACUUCUCAGACUGGAGGGGCCAGCUUGUGUGAGUGCCAGUCAGCAGCAUACUGGCAUAGCUGUAGGCACUGUGCCUGUGAGAUACUAGAGAGGAGCAGGCUGGUUUGCUGACUGUAUACAGACAGUCACCAGUGUUGACAUGAUAUGGAUGAUGUUGUACACACACAGAGCAUUUGCACCUGUGGAUUUGCUGAGUAGAGUCAGAAAAACCUAGUCUGUUCCAACUACCGACAGAUGUUUUUUUUAAAAUAUAUUUUUGUUUUAUUGUCCCACACACCGAAUAGGUGCAGUGUUGUUUUACAGGGUCAGCCUUUUACAGGGUCAGCCAUAGUAGUACGGCACCCCUGGAGCAAAUUAUGGUUAAGUGCCUUGCUCAAGGGCACAUCGACAGAUUUUUCACCUUGUCGGCUCGGGUAUACAGUGCAUUUGGAAAGUAUUCAGACCCCUUUACUUUUUCCACAUUUUGUUACGUUACAGCCUUAUUCUAAAAUGGAUUAAAUAAGGGCCUUGGUCAGGGAGGUGACCAAGAACCUGAUGGUCACUCUGACAGAGCUCCAGAGUUCCUCUGUGGAGAUGGGAGAACCAUCCAGAAGGACAACCAUCUCUGCAGCACUCUUCCAAUCAGGCCUUUAUGGUAGAGUGGCCAGACGGAAACUACUCCUCAGUAAAAGGCACAUGACAGUCAGCUUGGAGUUUGCCAAAAGGCACCUAAAGGACUCUGACCAUUUUUGCUUUGUAAUUAUGUGGUAUUGUGUGUAGAUUGAUGAGUGGAAAAAACAAUUUAAUACAUUUUAGAAUAAGGCUGUAAAGUAACAAAAUGUGGAAAAAGUCAACGGGUCUGAAUACUUUCCGAAUGCACUGGAUGUUAUUUCAUAGAUCUGUAUCCUAUCUAUAGCUGUAGGAAAUGUGAGGAACUUUGAACAGUUCCACCCCAUUUUAUGAUAAUGCACAAAGUAGUAUGUUACAAUGUAAAGUUUGAUUUGCAUUGAACAAGCAGUACUCUGACUGGGCCAUUCUCUAACAUAUUUUGUGUCGACCCAGGUUUGCGUCCAAGCUGAUUGCUGCAGCACUCGAUUUCAAAAAUGUAGUAGACAAGUAAGUGCCAUUUCAAGGUUGUACUGUACAUAUAUGCCAUCUUAGCCCUGAAGCAGUAAUAUUAGCUAAAAGGUGAACCAUAUCAAUAUUUGUAUCCUAUGUUGUAGACACUCCCUCUCUCAGCUAUUUUAGGGCUUUAACCUUUUACCUCUGUGUUGGCCUGUGUGCUUUGGUUUAUAUACCCAGUCUAAAUUUAUUACGGCAUACUGUCAGUAACGGUAUUCUCUCUCUCUCACUCUCUCUCUCACUCACUCAGUGGCCGUCUGCCAGUGGAGUACAUGCGGGGCCAGCCACUCUGUAUGGAGCUCUUUCCCCUCCUCUUCUCAUCCUGUCGGAUCCCAGGCCGCAAACACGACACUAUCACCCAUCACAGCCGUGCCCGCCACAUCACAGUGGUGAGAAACUACCAGGUGAGCUUGACCCACAGUAUGCAUCACUGACUAUAUGGCUGUUGUCAGAAGAGGAUUUAAUGUGUUUUCGUCAAGGUGAGAGCGACUACACCGAACAAAGGGGACAGCGCCAAUGAAUCCCAUAUUACAGACUAGACUAAUGAACCUUGCAAUGAUACCCAACAUUAAUGAUACCCAAUCAAAUAUAUUUUAUAAAGCCCUUUUUACAACAGCAGUUGUCAAAGUGCAUUACAGAUACCCAGCCUCAAACCCCAAAGAGCAAACAAUGCAAGCACACAAGCAAAAUGGCUAGGAAAAACUCCCUAGAAGGCAGGAACCUAGGAAGAAACCUAAAGAGGAACCAGGCUCCAAGGGGUGGCCAGUCCUCUUUGGCUGUGCUGGGUGGAGAUUUAAGAGUACAUUAACAUUUGAAGGUAAUUCAAGACGUUGAAACAUUCAUAAAUGACCAGCAGGGCAGAGCUUUUUCUGCAUGGAAAAAGCCCUAAGGGUUUUUUGGGGCAGCCGAAGUCCAAACUAAAAAUAUAUAGUAAUUGGGACUGCUAGGAAUCGUCAAGCCAGGUAGUCCUGAGUCAUGGCCCUAGGGCUCAGGUCCUCCGGGAGGGGAGACAUCGAGAGAGGGGAAUUAGUGAGAGCAUGCCUAAGACAGAUUUUCCGUUAGGAAAAUGUGGCACUGGACAUUUGACCGGCAGCAUUUUAAUUUACUGGACAUUUAAGAAAUUGACCGGACCCAUAUGCAUUGGGUGCGUAACCUGGUGCUCAGAAUGAGAAAUCAUAUUUAUAUUAUGGUAAUUCAGACGAGUAAUGAACAGCAAAAUCACUAGCCUGUCAAUCUACUAUCCCCUGUAGUAGAACAUUUUACCUAUUCUAUUGGUCAGCUUGUCGUUGUGUGUGAGAAAGAAAUAGCCUAUUCUAAACAGACUUGAUGAGACAGUUUUGGGAAGAUAGAUCUCAAAUUCAUACAACCAGUACAUCAACAAAAACUUUAAAAAGCAAUGAGGCUGAUGCGACAGAUCAGAACGUUUAUCUUAAAAUGUUCAUCAACUAUUAUUUCUUCACAUUAUAAGUGUAGCAAUGCGCACAUGGUAGUAGGCUAAGCGUGAAUGUUUGUUCCAUAAUGCAAUUAGCGGGAAAACACUGUUGUCAAAAGUGUACCGCACAUGCAAGCAGGUUUCAUGUGACAUAGAUGAAAAUGUCCGUUAGACAUUUAGAAAGGGAGAUCUAAAGAUGCAACAACUAGCAUGGUUUGCUAAUAUGACUAUUUUUCCUUUGGCCAUUGGACAAUGAAAGAAAGUUGAUUUGAAAAUCAAUAGAACAUGACAGAAAUGGGCUACUGUUUUAAAUGGCAUGUGGAAGUCUUUAUAAAAUAAUAGCCUCCAUGUUUCUAUGGUCAGAUUUUGGCUGGGGGGUGGGUCGGGAGACACUGUGACCCUAUCCAAAGUUACCCCUGGACGGGGCAAACCAGGCAGGAUAUGAUCCCACCCACUUUGCCAAAGCACAGCCCCCACACCACUUAAGGAAUAUCAACAGACCACUCACUUACUACCCUGAAGUCAAAGGCUGAGUAUAGUCCACGAAGAUCUCCCCCACUGCACGAGCCCAAGAAAUAAUGUGAUGGAAUUAUUUGGUUCUCGUCAAGAUUCUAGCAGCUGUAUUCUGCACUAACUGAAGUUUAUUUAGGCCUAGUGCCAUAUCCGGGUUAGCCGGAAAGUAGGGCAUUGCAGUAAUCUAAUCUUUAAGUGACAAAAGCAUGGAUUAGCUUUUCCGUAUCACAAUUCAAUUCACUAUUCAUUUCUCUAUUCUGUCCCACCCAGUUCUUUCAGAUGGACGUGUACAACAGUGAUGGCUCUCGGAUGACAGAGAGCCAGAUCCACGCCCAGCUCCUGCGAAUCAGGGCUGAGUCGUGGAAGACGGACAAGGAGCCCAUGGGCAUCCUGACCAGCGAGCACCGCCAGACCUGGGGCCAGGCCUACAGCCGCCUGCUCAAAGGUAGACAUGAUAGACACAGCAUUAUACUAUACAUACCCAGAGUAUGAGACGUCCAGGGUGUGUGAUGCAGAGGACGACACUGUUUUCAAAUGCAUGUUGCUAGCAAUGUUCCCUCUAAGCUGCGUGCGUGCACAGGUGUGCAGUAGCCCUGAGACUGCCGUGCAGCUCCCUGUAACUGCCGCGCAGAGCACAGAAGAAAUAUCAGCCCACGGAGAGAAGCACGAGAUUGAACUUCACUCAACUUUCUAGAGUUUUCCCUGUUAGUUAACACUAUCAACGUUUCCCUUUACUGUGGCUAUUGUGAUCGAAUCAACACAAUAUUAGCUACUUUCAAUGCAAUAUACCGAAAACAAAACGAACUAUGCAAGAUAUUUUGCUGUAUGCAGAACUCUUCGGAGUAGGAUUAUAUUGCGCACAACUCAGUCCUUACUCUACAGAGACCGGUGGCCAUAACCAAUCAGAGUUGCAGUAGGCCUAUAUGCAAAUAGACAAUUGCCAUAUAUGGAUUUGUGCCAUUUACUUUGAACUGGACUGUUUGUUUACAGCUGUGUUCGUGAGUAGAUGCGCUUGUUUUGAGAUCAAAGCAAGAGCUGCAUGUAGCCACGUGUGCACAUUUUGUUCAUAUCCUUUGCUAGUUAGUGAGUUAUUAGCCCAGUUCUAGAUCAUUUGUAGUCAGCAAUAGGGGGGUGAUUGCUUCCUACAAGAGCACAAAACGUGUAAAGUUUUAGAAAUCUUCGAAAAGCGGGUCAGGUAAAGAGCUUUUUUUUGUCUUAAAGGGGCAGUGAAUAAGCUUAGUAGCCAAUAGGCAGAGGGUAGCAUAAUUUGUCUGAUUCUCUGUAAUAAUGGUAUGGGAAUAAUAAUAAAUUGUAUUUUGUAAAGUGGUUUCUUGCAUCAAACAACACAACAGCAUUUUCAGUCACCUUGUCUGAAGGACAAGUGGAUGAACAGGUUAAUGUCAAACCCUGCAUGUUUUUUCAAAAGUCUCAUGGAAUGUAAGCCUACAUUGAACACCACACAUUGUCUGAUACUGUAGGCUGAAUGAUAGAACAGCUAUUUCCAUGUUAAAAUGUUAUGGGAUGCAUUUUCUCCAUUGUUUUUGAUGGUAGGGCACUCUGCUAGGCCUACAUUAUGAUCAAAUAGCCACAGUAGCUGACUUUGCCACUGUUAAAACUGUAACUAAAAGUGGGUACAGCCUGUGUUCAAAGUAAUGUUUCACAACACUCAAGUUUGCGCUCAGCAGACCUGAAAUUUGCUCAGUGCCUAUUUGUUUUUAAAGUCUGAAUGUAUUUUUAUUGUUACCUUCAGUAAGGAGUGCUUCGCCUCUUAACCUUUCCCUCUUUUCCUUACCCAGAUAAAUUGAACAAGGAGUCAGUGCAAGCGAUUGAGAAGGGACUUUUCACCUUGUGUCUGGACUCUCCAGUCAUGAGGGUGUCAGAUGAUAAGUAUGAGCCAUUAUAUUUUUUCUGUCAUCCUGUAUGUUACUAUUUUAAAAAUGUAAUGCAAGUUGCUGUACAGUAUGAAUACUUUUUGCUCAGUUAUAUUUGACACACCAGGGACUUGAGCACUUAAUUGAAUGCUGCUGACUGAUGUGUUUUGGAUUAUUAGAUGAAUUAGUCAUGAAAUUCUGUGUUACUUUGACUGACAGGUACUCCAGUCGCAUGGCAGCUCAAAUCCUGCACGGGGGCGGGACACACUCGAACAGCGGCAAUCGUUGGUUUGACAAAACACUGCAGGUGAGUGGAGGCAGUAGAAUUAACCAAAUGACCCAACCAAUCAUAGAUCACGUUUCACACAUGUACUUGAUGAAAAGUGUCUUGUAAGCCCAUAUGGGCUGGGCACCAAAUGCUGUAUAACACUGAAAUAAAAUAAAUAAAUAAACAAAAAAGAUAAUGGACUGAGCAACAGUUGUUGGUAAACUAAUUAGUUACCUUUCUCUUGCACUAUUCCUUCCUCUCUCGUAGUUUGUGGUGGGUGAGGAUGGCUCAUGGGGGCUUCUGUAUGAGCAGGCCACGGCUGAAGGUCCACCAAUAGCUACUCUUCUGGAUCACAUUCUACAAUACUGGUGAGAUAAGACAUGGGAGGGUCUUAUCUACUUUUGCUGCAUUACUUGCUCAAUUACAUACAGUAUGAAUACAGUAUUCAUCUCAGUUUGUCAAGAUUGCAAAAUACUUGUAGUUGAGGUUUAUUGGAAUUAAAACAAUGAGUCAGACAAUAAAAAACACACAAUGCCAAUUAACAUUUACCCUCGCUCUUCUCUCUGCAGUAAGAAACCGGACCCAAAGAAAACCCCUUUGAUCCCACUUCGGAUGCCCAAGAAGCUUUACUUCAACAUUGACCGUGAGAUUAAGAGAGAUAUCGAGCAUGCCAAGCAAAACCUUGAUAUGUGAGUUUGCAUACCAUAUGCAUGUAUUAUUAUGCAUUAUUUCAUCACUCCUGUGUUAUUACAUAUCAUAUAGGCUUUAUUUGAUGUAAAUAGGUGACUCAUUUCAGGAAACUAGGCAUAUGUCGCGCGUCACUACUUCACAGGAGAGGCAUUUGAACGUAACAUUUUUGUUUUUUAUCUAAAUGAUUUUUGGGGGGGCAGAAAUGCCUUCUGGAACGUGUGAACUUUCAUGUGCCUUAGUAACAAACUUGUAUGCCAUCUUUAAAUACGAAUAAAAUUGUUAAAUUACGAGCCUAGUUGGUUUAGCCACAGAAAAAGACAGGAACCUUCCAGCUAGCAAUGAUUGGCUGAGGUAAUGGAUGGGCUGGACAUGCCGAGAGAUUAGUUUGGAUUGGUCUGCCAUGUAGCACGCUUCUGUCUAUAACGUGAGCUGCUCAGUAUGUGUAGGUAAUCCUUUCUAAUGCAGCUUUUUUGAAAGAUAUCACGGAAGAACUGCAAAAGUUUUGCUAAUGCUCUCCACUUUCUGGAGGACCGUGUUUUGAAAUCCGGUUAAAUGUCCAGUGGAAGCAGAGCUAAGGAGACUGAGAAAAUUCUGGCUUUUGAUUGCAAAUAUGCGGAAGGAGUCAAAAAGAGAACACGCAGAAGGCUGUUGUAUAACACACAUGUCUCCGGAUUACAUCUUCAAACUAAGGGCAUCCGUGACAGAGAGGGAGAGCGUUCAUCCAUGUAUAUGGGUAAGAGAGUCUAGCUAGCUACAUUUUCAGAUAUUAUACGUUUCUAAUUUAGUCAGUCGUUUUAAAGUGUACUGUUAGCUAGCUAGCUGACGUUAGCUGGCUGGCUCGCUAGCUAGCUAACAUUACGUGUAUGAUCUGUGUAGUAAUACUAUUUGUAUCAGAGCCAUUUGCAUUGCUAGUUAUAGCCUAAUGUUAGCUAGCUAGCAUUGAACCUACUUGGUUAGCUUUAGCUACCUGCAGAUUCAUGCAAGGUAGUAACGUUAUGAAUUGGGAUUAUGGUUCAUUGUUUAGCUAGCUAGCUACAUGUUUAAACAAAAGACUCCACUAUGCAAGUAACCAUUUCACUAUACCGUUUACACCUUCUGUAUCCUGUGCAUGUGACAAAUAAACUUUCAUUUUACCAUGUGAAGAACAUGACCUGGCCCCAAAGUCAAAUUAGGAUAUAACGAGACAGUGUCUAAAAUCCUCUAUUUUUUGUAAUGAGCUCGCCAUUAACUUGUAAAUAAUGAUCUUGUUGUAUUCAUUAUUACAGGAAAAUAAACUCACAAAUUAGCUAAAGUUAAGACGUUGUCAGCUAUAUGAUAGUCAUUAUUUGAACUGGCUAGCCAGCUAACUUAACGUUAGCUAGCUAGCUAAUGAGUUAGAAACUAAUCUAAACAUUGUUUAGAAAGUUGCUUAUAGUUGCCUGGCUUGCUAGAUUUACAUAUACUAAAUUCAUUUUUAAACGGAUGGGUUUAUUGGGUUUAAAAUACACCAGUUAUGCUAUUUUGGACCACCAGGCUGCAGUCAUUUUUGUGGUUGUACUUUUUCAUAACGACAACAAGUUUGAUGCCGGACGACAAUAGAAUGUUCAUGAUGUCACUGCGACAACUGUCUACAGACAUGGCGAUAGACGUAGUAUAAACCAGCCUUUAGUCUUGAAAUCUUUGGUUGUUUAGUACACUGCCAUACUCACUCUGUUUAGCACAUGGCCUCACAUGAAUCCUUAGAGAUGGGGCUAAGGCUUAACAGGGUGUGAACGAUGCUGAAUGGGUGUAGACAAAGAAGAGCUCUCCAGUAGAUGUACCAAAACAUUCAAGUGGGGUUACAAGUUUAUCAACUUUCAAAGCAGAAUUACUUUCCCAUUGUUCCCCAACUGUAGUGUAGGAUAUACCAUUUUCUAGCGCUGAGUCUCUACUUUUAUCAAAUAUAAAAUUCAAAUUUUGCAACAUAGGAUUGAGACGGUCGUUUACAUAUGUGAUUGUUUAUUAACCUCUAAAAGUCUAAGCCUAAGGGGGUGUUAUACUAAGCUAACAUAUGGAAUUGUUUUAAGAUGGUCAUACCAUGGAUCAUUUAGCUAUUUUGUUUAGAAUUUUAGGACCCCUGUAGGUAUAAAAAAUAUAUAUUUACAAAUUAUUUGAUAAAAUAUUUAAUUUAGCCAUAAAAACGCAUUGAAUAACACAUUCAUAUAUGGCUAUAUACAGACAGUCAAAAAAUAAAUCCUAAUGAAUAAGGUUUUGAAGUGUCUGUCCUAUAUCUAGGAGAUAUAAGAAAGCUCAGGAAAUAUAUAUUUUUGGACAUAUUUAACCCCUUUUUUUUGUUGGCACAAAACGACCUCCAUACUUCCGUUCAUUUUUUUCAAACCAGUCCCUAAUUACCUUCUGACGAGUCCUGAGACACUUGUGGGGUUCGUAGAGCAAACGGAGAACACCUUCGUGUUUGUGAGUCUCAUCUUUACAUAUUAGUUAGUAGGCCAAACCGUUUUCGUGAAGACCGAUUUUCGGGAUGUCUCCUGGUCUGAGAAACAGCUCAGUAGCUCUGCCACUUUCCACCGCAGAUGCGUAAGGGCGACAUAGUGGGACGCAGCGCAUGCAAACAUAUUUUUUUUAUCUAUAGCUAAAACAGACAUAUUUUGAUGGGGAUUUUUUUUAUGUUUAUGAGAUUAAUGCACAGGUGCGUCAAACUCUUAGGGAUUUUAACAUGGUCCGCAUACUGACUGGUUCAACACCACAGACAGCAGUACUAACACUGUGAGUGCAUAAGUGUAGUUGGUGAUACUACAAUGAUAAGGAAACACUCAGCCUCUGUGUAGUCGAUGUUUGCUUUGCAAAGAACUUCAACACGGCUCUGAGCUUAAAUGAAAGUGACAUGGACCAAAGCAAAUGGAGGAGUGUAAACACGAUUAGCUGCCCUCAGUGUUGAUGUAACCAUGACAGAACACGGUCAGCAGCAUAAGAAGGCUUUGGUGCCUCCUGACCUCCUCAUUCUAUUUUAAGUAAUUGUUUGUGAUCUGAGCUGGCUGUGUUAUCCUGGAUUCAGAACAUGUGCUGCCAUCCUGUGGCUAAACGGACAACUGUCGAUACAUUUCUAUCCCAAUGGAGUGAAGAGUCAUCUUUAUCAUUUUAAUUCAACAACUAACCUGGGCCCGUAUUCAUAAAGUGUCUCAGAGCAAGAGAGUUGAUCUUGGAUCAGUUCCAUUCAUUAUAAUCUACAAGGCAAAAACUGAUCCUAGAUCAGCACUCCUACUCUGAUGCCUUAUUAAUGGAGUAUGAAUUUGUCAUUCGAAUUUUGUCAUACUUUCCCUCCAGACUGAUCAAUGACCUGGAUAUCCGCUGCUUCAACUUCCAGAGGUUUGGGAAGGAGUUUCCCAAACAGCACAACCUGAGUCCCAACUCCUUCAUCCAGGUGGCACUGCAGCUGGCCUACUACAAGUGAGCUCAUAGGAAUCACUUACAAAGGGCAUUCAGCCUCAAACUAGGAUACCGUAUACAAUAAUAAGGAAAUUAUGUGUGCAGUUGAUGUUGUUUUCACACUGGUACUGAUUUUCAUAGACAUGCUAGUAAAUUUUCACACAAGAAGCAUUAUAUUCUCAUGGUUAAUAAAUGAGACGAUAAAUGUUCUUGGCAGCCAAAAUUGUGGAAUCAAAUCAAGACUUUUCUAUAAAUGAGUUGUGAUUAACAACAAUCACUGUGUCCAAAUUCAAUACCUGGGUUGCGUUCAGUACAACAGAAUGGUUUGCAACGUUGAAUUAAACUGAAACGGUACUGUACUGAACGACCAGUUGAAAAACAUUGUGAUUAUGGUGGCCCAGAGGGCAGUUACCAUACAAAUGGUGUGCUGCACGAGUUUUGUGAUUUCAGAUGGUCACACCCAUGUUGAUAAGGCCAAACCCACCAAACGGGAGCAAGCAUACUUUAAAGGUUAUUGAUGAACGGUGCACACUGUUUUGGGGAAACGUGUCGUUCAGUUCAAAACGUCACGCAAAACAGCAAAUGUUAAAGCAAACUGAACGCACCCCUUUUCUCCUUCUCUCCAUCAGAGUUCACAAUGAGGUCUGUGCCUGCUGUGACAUUGCCUCCCAGAGGAUGUUUCGAGGGGGGCGCACAGACUACAUCCGCUCUCCCACCAAUCAAAUGCUCAAGUUUGUGCUUACCUUUGAUGACCCCUCUAUCUCGGUGAGAAUCAUACUUAGGGCUUGACAUUAACCUUUUUAGCCACUUGUCCUUCAGACAAGUAGGACUGGUCUUUUACUUGUCCGAAAGCUCAAGUCACUUGUCGUCAACAUUUUUUCCAACAUUAUAUGAUGCAAGGAACCACUUUACAAAAUAAAAUACAUUAUUAUUACCAUAGAGAAUCAGACAAAAGUGUAGCCUACCCUCUGUCUAUUGGCUUCUUUGCAUUGUCAAGCCUGUCUCAAAAUACAACACUAACCCUUUAAGGCUCCCCUGGAGGAUGGUUGGCCACCGUUAGUAGCCUGUAAAAUAUUGCAACAUAAUUACAACCAAAUACUUUGUCUUUAUAAAAUAAUUCCCUCAUUCAAUGAAUUAGGGAUCAAAUGACUAAGGUAGGUUACUUCAAAGCAAGUUAACGAACUAAGACAUGUUUAUCUAUAACCUUGUAAGGCUAAAAUAUUCCAAAGAUUUAUUGACAGCAUGUGAGUUAUUUGUCAUUUUGGCUAUAUGAAGAAUAUUUUUAACGUUGUCACAGUGUUGAUUAGAGGGGAAUCACAGCUUUUCAACAGUGUCAGGUUUAUUUCUCAAGUCCCAAUAUUGAGCGCUUGAGAGAUAGUUUUACAACAGGAUUAUUGGUUUAUUAACGCACCCGUUCAUCAAUUGCGUGCCGGUGAAAGAUUUUUUUAGGACAUGACAAUACAUGCUAAUAGCUGAAAAGGUAGCUACUGAGAACUAUCCAGGCAACACAAUAUUUUUGAAUUGGCUAUCUAGUUAGCCUGUUAUCUACCAUUAUUAUGCUGCUAUGUCUCUCUCCUCGGGCCCACUCGCACUGGCAUACGCAGGCGACCAAACCAUGGCUUUUCCAGGAUUUUCAUGACUGUACAAACCUUGUUUGCUGACCAUAAAUUAGCUAUAACUGGGUAAAUAACUCACAAACUAGCAAAGAAUAUCAACAAAUGUGUACUGACAAUGAUCUCAAAAGCGCAUCUCGCGACCGCAGGUGAUUGGAAAAAAGUGUUUGUUUGAAGUAACUUUGUUGUAAUAUCCCAAAUGGACACGGCAGUUUCACAAAUUCUUAAGGAUUCUAGCUUUAGUGGGUGCUUGAUAAGCCGAAGGCACAACACAAUCUCUUGUUUUGUGAGUGGCUGAGAAAAACAACUACUUGCAGUUAUUAACAAAGCCAACAAUACAUGGCAGCUUUAUAAGUUGACAUUAUUGAUGCGUCUUGAUGCUCUAUUUGUGUGUUGCAGAGAGAAGUAAAGCUGGAAUUACUCAGAGAGGCCAUAGAGACCUACGUCGCUCUUACUGAUCAGGUAACUACACCCAAUGCUUCUGCUGCCAUCCCCUCAGAAAUGUGUCACUUUUCUGUCAUCUAACUACCUGUGUGACCUUUCUAAAUCAGGCGCUCAAAGGACAAGCCAUCGACCGCCACCUGCUGGGCUUGAAGCUUCAGGCCAUCGAAGAGGGACUGAGCGUGCCCAGACUGUUCAUGGACACUGCUUAUGGGCUGGCCACCCACUGGAAACUCAGGACAGGACAGGUAAAGUACAACUCCAGUGGAAGUUGACAGUAUUGCAACAUUCAUUCCAAUGACAGGAAAUAAUUAUGUAAUCUAAAGGUGAGUGUCAGAUAAUGCAAUAUUGUAUUGGGUCUGUGACCCUCUAUUUAGUUUAGUAUGAUAUUUUUGUGCUCAAUUGUAACUUAUCAAAGUCAACACAGUGCCAUCGAUAUAGCCAGAUAAGUCAGUAAUGUAAUACAGUGCCUUCGGAAAGUAUUCAGACACCUUGACGUUUUCCACAAUUAGUUAGGUUAUAGCCUUAUAGCAAAAACAGGUUUUUUGAAAUGUUUGCUAAUUUAUUAAAAAAUACAAAAAACAUAUCACAUUUACAUAGUUAUUUAGACCCUUUACUCAGUACUUUGUUGAAGCAACUUUGGCAGCGAUUACAGCCUCAAGUUGAUGCUACGAGCUUGGCACACCUGUAUUUGGGGAGUUUCUCCCAUUCUUCUCUGCAGAUCCUCUCAAGCUCUGUCAGGUUGGAUGUGGAGCGUUGCUGCACAGCUAUUUUCAGGUCUCUCCAGAGAUUUUAGAUCGGGUUCAAGUCCGGGCUCUGGCUGGACCACUCAAGGACAUUCAGAUACUUGUCCCGAAGCCACUCGUGCGUUGUCUAAGCUGUGCUUAGGGUCGUUGUCCUGUUGGAAGGUGAACCUUCGCCCCAGUCUGGGGUCCUGACCGCACUGGAGUAGGUUUUCAUCAAGGAUCUCUCUGUACUUUGCUCAGUUCAUCUUUCCCUCGAUCCUGACUAGUCUCCCAGUCCCUGCCGCUGAAGAACAAUCCCACAGCAUGAUGCUGCCACCACGUUUUGGGUCAUUGUCCUGUUGAAAAACAAAUGAUAGUCCCACUAAGCGCAAACCAGAUGGGAUGGCGUAUCGCUGCAUAAUGCUGUGGUAGCCAUGCUGGUUAAGUGUGCCUUGAAUUCUAAAUAUAUCACAGACAGUGUCACCAACAAAGCACCCCCACACCAACUUGUCCAUGCUUCACGGUGGAAACCACACAUGCGGAGAUCAUCCGUUCACCUACUCUGCGUCUCACAAAGAAACAGCAGUUGGAACCAAAAAUCUCACAUUUGGACUCAUCAGACCAAAGGAUAGAUUUCCACUAGUCUAAUGUCCAUUGCUCGUGUUUCUUGGCUCAGUCAAGUCUCUUCUUCUUAUUGGUGUCCUUUAGUAGUGGUUUCUUUGCAGAAAAUCAACCUGGAAGGCCUGAUUCACGGAGUCUCCUCUGAACAGUUGCUGUUGAGUUGUCUGUUACUUGAACUCUGUGAAUCAUUUAUUUGGGCUGCAAUCUGAGGUGCAGUUAACUCCAAUGAACUUAUCCUCUGCAGCAGAGGUAACUCUGGAUCUUCCUUUCCUGUGGUGGUCCUCAUGAGAGCCAGUUUCAGCAUAGCGCUUGAUGGUUUCUGUGACUGCACUUGAAGAAACUUUAAAAGUUCUUGAAAUGUUCCAGAUUUACUGACCUUCAUGUCUUAAAGUAAUGAUGGACUGUCGUUUCUCUUUGCUUAUUUGAGCUGUUCUUGCUAUAAUAUGGACUUGGUCUUUUACCAAAUUGGGCUAUCUUCUGUAUACCCCCCUACCUUGUCACAACACAACUGAUUGGCUCAAACGCAUUAAGAAGGAAAGAAAUUCCACAAAUUAACUUUUAACAAGGCACACCUGUUAAUUGAAAUGCAUUCCAGGUGACUACCUCAUGAAGCUGGUUGAGAGAAUGCCAAGAGUGUGCAAAGCUGUCAUCAAGGCAAAGGGUGGCUAUUUGAAGAAUCUCAAAUAUAAAAUAUAUUUUGAUUUAAAAAAAAAAAAAUUGGUUACUACAUGAUUCCACAUGUUAUUUCAUAGUUUUGAUGUCUUCACUACUAUUAUACAAUGUAGAAAAUAGUAAAAAUAAAGAAAAACCCUGGAAUGAGUAGUUGUGACCAAACGUUUUACUGGUACUGUAUGUAUAUACUGUGUGUGUGUGUAAUAUAUACAGUGGGGAAAAAAAGUAUUUAGUCAGCCACCAAUUGUGCAAGUUCUCCCACUUAAAAAGAUGAGAGAGGCCUGUAAUUUUCAUCAUAGGUACACAUCAACUAUGACAGACAAAUUGAGAAAAAAAACCCAGAAAAUCACAUUGUAGGAUUUUUUUAUGAAUUUAUUUGCAAAUUAUGGUGGAAAAUAAGUAUUUGGUCACCUACAAACAAGCAAGAUUUCUGUCUCUCACAGACCUGUAACUUCUUCUUUAAGAGGCUCCUCUGUACUCCACUCGUUACCUGUAUUAAUGGCACCUGUUUGAACUUGUUAUCAGUAUAAAAGACACCUGUCCACAACCUCAAACAGUCACACUCCAAACUCCACUAUGGCCAAGACCAAAGAGCUGUCAAAGGACACCAGAAACAAAAUUGUAGACCUGCACCAGGCUGGGAAGACUGAAUCUGCAAUAGGUAAGCAGCUUGGUUUGAAGAAAUCAACUGUGGGAGCAAUUAUUAGGAAAUGGAAGACAUACAAGACCACUGAUAAUCUCCCUCGAUCUGGGGCUCCACGCAAGAUCUCACCCCGUGGGGUCAAAAUGAUCACAAGAGCGGUGAGCAAAAAUCUCAGAACCACACGGGGGGACCUAGUGAAUGACCUGCAGAGAGCUGGGACCAAAGUAACAAAGCCUACCAUCAGUAACACACUACGCCGCCAGGGACUCAAAUCCUGCAGUGCAAGACGUGUCCCCCUGCUUAAGCCAGUACAUGUCCAGGCCCGUCUGAAGUUUGCUAGAGUGCAUUUGGAUGAUCCAGAAGAGGAUUGGGAGAAUGUCAUAUGGUCAGAUGAAACCAAAAUAGAACUUUUUGGUAAAAACUCAACUCGUCGUGUUUGGAGGACAAAGAAUGCUGAGUUGCAUCCAAAGAACACCAUACCUACUGUGAAGUAUGGGGGUGGAAACAUCAUGCUUUGGGGCUGUUUUUCUGCAAAGGGACCAGGACGACUGAUCCGUGUAAAGGAAAGAAUGAAUGGGGCCAUGUAUCGUGAGAUUUUGAGUGAAAACCUCCUUCCAUCAGCAAGGGCAUUGAAGAUGAAACGUGGCUGGGUCUUUCAGCAUGACAAUGAUCCCAAACACACCGCCCGGGCAACGAAGGAGUGGCUUCGUAAGAAGCAUUUCAAGGUCCUGGAGUGGCCUAGCCAGUCUCCAGAUCUCAACCCCAUAGAAAAUCUUUGGAGGGAGUUGAAAGUCCGUGUUGCCCAGCGACAGCCCCAAAACAUCACUGCUCUAGAGGAGAUCUGCAUGGAGGAAUGGGCCAAAAUACCAGCAACAGUGUGUGAAAACCUUGUGAAGACUUACAGAAAACGUUUGACCUGUGUCAUUGCCAACAAAGUUGUAUAUAACAAAGUAUUGAGAAACUUUUGUUAUUGACCAAAUACUUAUUUUCCACCAUAAUUUGCAAAUAAAUUCAUUAAAAAUCCUACAAUGUGAUUUUCUGGAAUUUUUUUUCUCAUUUUGUCUGUCAUAGUUGACAUGUACCUAUGAUGAAAAUUACAGGCCUCUCAUCUUUUUAAGUGGGAGAACUUGCACAAUUGGUGGCUGACUAAAUACUUUUUUUCCCCACUGUAUAGAGAUAUAUCGACACCUGGUUCUAUGUUACAAAGCAUCAUGAUGCAAAUGAUGUUUCCUCACAAAGGAGAUACUGGUUCAGUCCUUUCUAAGUAUGACAAGAAGGGCUCCCAAUUAGUGUAAAAUAGGUAUUUUUUUCCCUUUUAGUGUGUGCUUGAUUUUCUUUUCUAGUUUAAUGAAGUACAUUAUAUUUUGUAUCCAUGUAGUGUGUGAUGGAGCACGACAGUUCUACAGUCAAAUUAACCAUCUGGCCAGCAGGGUGACAAAUGCAACAACAGACUUUGCUUUGCUUAACCUUGUCAAGGAUGGAAUUAAGCCAAAGAGGGCCACUAGGGGGCAGGGUCGAUAAUCAUCCCAGAAACAUCUGACAGUGUAUGAAAUAUAUGUAACCAGUAUGGUUUGAUCAUGGGACACGACCAGAACAUGUGCAGUAAAGUGGCUGUUCCGCCCUAGCAGCAAUAACAGGUGGGGUCCAAGCAGGGUACAUCUAAGUCUAUACUUGGUCCAGUCCAUACGAUCUACUAGUUUCAAUUGAAUGAGAUUGUCUUGCACAGAUAUUGAUAGUGUAUUCUUGACAGAAUUUGCCGCCAUUCCUCAUCUGACCAUGUACAAUCAAGGUCUUGUUCCCAUUGUGUUUUGAUUUUCACAAUGGGUGCAGAAUGCAUAGUGCAAGUAAUGGAAUAGAUGGAAGCAGUCUUAGCUUUAUGAUUGAGCCCUUGUACCAUAAUAGUGUCCACAGUGCUGGAGUAGGGCUGAGUUAUAAAGCUGCUAAACAUUUUGCUUGCAAAAUUCCAGAUCUGCAAAAAAUAUAUAUUUAUUUAUUUAUUUAUUUAUUUAUACACUCAGCAAAAAAGAUAAUUAGUAAAAAUCCAAAUAACUUCACAUAUCUUCAUUGUAAAGGUUUUAAUCACCAUAAACAAUUAAUGAACAUGCACCUGUGGAACUGUCGUUAAGACACUAACAGCUUACAGACGGUAGGCAAUUAAGGUCACAGAAAACUUAGGACACUAAAGAGGCCUUUCUACUGACUCUGAAAAACACCAAAAGAAAGAUGCCCAGGGUCCCUGCUCAUCUGCGUGAACGUGCCUUAGGCGUGCUGCAAGGAGGCAUGAGGACUGCAGAUAUAUCCAGGGCAAUAAAUUGCAAUGUCCGUACUGUGAGACGCCUAAGACAGCGCUACAGGGAGACAGGACGGACAGCUGAUCGUCCUCGCAGCGGCAGACCACGUGUAACAGCACCUGCACAGGAUCGGUACAUCCGAACAUCACACCUGCGGGACAGGUACAGGAUGGCAACAACAACUGCCCGAGUUACACCUGCAAGACAGGAAUAUCCGUGUUCUGCCAUGGCCAGCGACGUGCCCGGAUCUCAAUCCCAUUGAGCACGUCUGGGACCUGUUGAAUCGGAGGUUGAGGGGCUAGGGCCAUUCCCCCCAGAAAUGUCCGGGAACUUGCAGGUUCCUUGGUGGAAGAGUGGGGUAACAUCUCACAGCAAGAACUGGCAAAUCUGGUGCAGUCUAUGAGGAGAUGCACUGCAGUACUUAAUGCAGCUGGUGACCACACCAGAUACCGACUGUUACUUUUUAUUUUGACUCCUCCUUUGUUCAGGGACACAUUAUUCCCUUUCUGUUAGUCUCAUGUCUGUGGAACUUAUUCAGUUUAUGUCUCAGUUGUUGAAUCUUGUUAUGUUCAUACAAAUAUUUACGCAUAUUUAGUUUGCUGAAAAUAAAUGCAGUCGACAGUGAGAGGACGUUUCUUUUUUUGCUGAGUUUAUUUUAAAGGCUUUCCUAAUGUUUGGCAAUUACAUUUUAUAUUUGGUUAACACCUAUCGUCUUGUGGUCUACCAUGUUCAGAUCAUUUGCAAGACACACAUUUAGGAAACGAUUGUGCAAACCAAUUUAAAGUAAAUAGUUUGAUCAGUAAAUCUGCAAACCACAUCGGUAAAACUGUAAAAAAUGCAUUUAUUUUGCGACAUUUAUGUGAAAGUAACUUUAUACCCUUCCUUCUCUUCUCCCAAACUUCGAAACGACAUUAAACCCCUUACACUAGGUGCCUGCAAACACGGACAGUGUGAUGUGUUUCGGACCUCUCGUUCCCGACGGAUACGCUGUGUGCUACAACCCCCAGUCUGACCAUGUCCACUUCUCCAUAACAGCCUUCAACUGCUGUGAGGAAACCCACGCUGAGACACUGGCCGCCACACUGCACAGCACCCUCUGCCAGCUCCAGGAGCUACUGCAGCCUACUGAAUAAUGUUGGGCUGUCUGACACCAGGAGUGUGUGUAUUCAUUAGGCAACAAAUAUAAAAACUUACAAACAGGGAGGGAUUACUAGGUCUUGUCCAAUAAGAAAUGCUCAUGUUUGUUUUCAGUUGCUAAACACUUUUUUCAGUUGUGUGCCCUAAUGAAUAGGAUCCAGGACUGAUAUGAAAAACAUCAGAGUCUGAGGUGCUAAUGCUUUGAUAAAAGGAAUAUGUGGCCUUUGUUCAAAGUGCUAGCAUUAGCUUAAUUUGCUGCUAGGUUUAAGUUACUGUUUGUACUCCAGGGCAAUUGAAUACUAUUGUUAGAACAGUUUUGUGUCCCUACUUUUUAAGGGGAAUCUAAAGCCAUAGCAGACUACUUUAUAAGCUAAGUUUGUCUGGCUAGAGGUUUGUAAUGCUUUAUUGACAGGCCAGGAGAUUGAUUUUACUGUAUGUUAUCUAAUAUCAUCUGUGUUUUAUAUGCAAUUUGGCAUUUUGUUUGCUGCAGUGCUUUGGCAGUCAAUGAGUGUCAGUCAACCGUCCAAUCUGUCCAUUACUUUUUCAUUUCGUGGGCAGAUUCUUGAAAAAGGACUAAAUGUUAACAAACCAUGCCUAUCUGCAUGAAGCGUAAACUUUAGCUGGCACUCUGAGUAUUGUUGUUGAGCUCCCCCUGCUUGCACCACUGGAUGCACAUCAGUUCUAUGUUUCUCCCUGUGCUUUUGUAAUGCAAUUCCUUUUAUUAACUUUGAAAUUAAUGUAAUUCUGUUAUUUUGUUCAGCAGAGCUCUAUUCUUUAUGCCCCAGCUUUUCCAGUUUUGUUAGUAAACUCGGCCCUAAUUUAUGUGCUCUCUGUCACCUGGCGCUGCAUGGCAAAUUGUCCAGGGACACAAGGAAAGCACAAAGGACAAUAACCAAGGACUAGUCAGCCCUUCCCCCUCUGAGGGGACAAAAGGUAAAUCUCUGUUGCAGUGUUCAGAGGACUGACUAUUGAAUGUGUGAUAGAUACCAAACAUGGAUACUAUAGUAUUAUUCUAUUUGAAACUUGUUCACUGAGGAUAACUGAUACUAUCUAUA